CUAUUUCACAUGUCUAACCCUUACUUCAACCCGAACUACAACCCAUACUCUCAGCCUGUGUUAAUCGGCACUGGUAUCCUUUUCAUUUUUAUACCUAUUCUUUCGGUCGGAUUUAGGUUCUACGCGCGAUCUAUAAGCUCGGCAAAACUGGGCAUUGACGACUGGAUCACUAUCCCGUCAAUGGUUAUCUGUAUUGUGCUGUCAAUAAUUCAAAUCAUCGCAACCACAGUCGGCGGUCUCGGCACCCAUCAAAUACUUGUGAACGGUCAGAUCGUGCAUACCGAGCAGCUAUAUGUAUUUGAGAAAACGAGGUAUGCCUACCAGCUCCUUGGGACAAUUGGCCUUUGGGUCAUCAAGCUCUCAGUGCUCCUUUUUUACCGGAGAAUAUUCUCGAUCCGAGCUUUUCGCAUGGUGAAUAAUGUCUUCAUCGGCCUGACGACUGCUUGGGGUAUUGCUUUUACCUUUAUGGUUGCUUUCCAGUGUGUGCCAGUGUCGACUUUCUGGGACAAAUUUGAGAUAGAAUAUGGCGCGGCUUGCAUCAAGGUCCAGCCAUUCUACCUUUCUCUAGCCAUCUCAGAUCUAAUCUUAGAUGCAUCUAUUUUCGUCAUACCUAUGCCACAUGUUCAUCGGCUCAAGAUGCCUUGGAAACAGAAGAUUGCCGUUGCGGGGAUAUUUUUGCUCGGAUCCGUGGUUGUUGCUAUAGGCAUCACGCGCGCCGUUAUUUUCGGAUGGGUGAUAUCUUUUACAACAGCCCAGCCUGUUGUGUACUUCUCAGAUAUCACUUGGUACACGUCUGGUACGCUAUUCUGGCACUUGGUUGAGAAUGUUGUUGGUUUGCUCGGUUGUUGUUUACCCAUAUAUGCACCAGUAUUUAAAAGGUUAACACAAAAGUAAAAAACAAUAAACGUAUUUAAAAACUUAUUAAAUUUUAUAAUAAAAGUAUUAAUUUAGUUUAAAUAUUAUCACGAGGCUGAAACCAAAAGG